GCGUCUUUAACAUUAUUGGGCUUUAAGGUCCGAGCCCAAAUUAUCCACACUAAUGGGCCUUUGAAAGCCCAUCACGUUCAGAUUACUUCUUCUUUACCGUUGACUUUCAGGGUUUGACAUGUGAACGAUAACUUUCCCUCCAAUUCAAUCAACUAUUAAAUAUAACAGCAAGAAGAUUAUAUUAUUUAAUAUGAUCGACGUGACAACAAAUAAAAAAUACAGCAGAUCUCAUUCUUGAUUUGUUCCAGUCUUUCAUCUCCCUCCUCUGUUCUCUCUCUCUUCAUGUUUCCUGUAUUCUGCUCUAAAAUCUGUUGCUUGCUUGCUUGUCUUAACUCACAACAGAGACAGAGAAGAUGAAGCUUGAGGAGCAAGAAAGUGACAUUUUGUUUCAUGCAGAUGACGAAGAAAGCCAAGUCGAUGUUUCCUGUUAUGAUGAAGAUGAAAUCUCCAGAAAGUCUUCUCAAUUAUCAAUGAACGAUUCCGCUCCAUGGCCUCGAAGUUAUCGACAAUCUGUGGAUAUCUUAACCGGAGUUACACCUCCUACGACCAGUUUCAUUCACCGGAGAGGUUCUCAGGCAUCAUCAUUCACCAGCUCCAUCGCUUCCUUAUACAGAAGACGUCCAAACUCUAUUCUAAACUCGUUUGCUUCUUCCACAAGCAAACAACCCUUGCUCGCCGAUAAAGACGAUGUCUCAGUCAAAUCAUAUGUUUCAUCACAGCUAAAGUUAUCAAUCACCGAUCUCUCCUAUGAAGAACAGAAUCUCUGCUCGUUUCCUCAAUCUGUUCUCAAUGGAAUCAAUAUCCUAUGUGGAGUAAGUCUACUCACAAUGCCUUAUGCGGUUAAAGAAGGAGGGUGGUUAGGGCUUAUUAUACUUUUCUUCUUCGGUAUCAUCACUUGCUACACCGGUAUUCUCCUCAAGAGAUGUCUUGAAAGCUCUCCUGACAUUCAUACCUAUCCUGACAUUGGUCAAGCUGCCUUUGGAUUCACUGGACGCCUCAUCAUCUCCAUACUUUUGUACAUGGAGUUAUACGCAUGUUGUGUGGAGUAUAUUAUCAUGAUGAGUGAUAACUUGUCGAGAUUCUUCCCCCACGUUUCGUUAAACGUCGCUGGAGUAUCUAUUGAUUCUUCGCAGAUCUUUGCCAUAGCAACUGCUCUUAUUGUUCUUCCUACAGUUUGGCUUAGAGACCUAAGCUUACUCUCCUAUCUCUCAGCUGGAGGUGUCUUCUCUUCCAUCUUGCUAGCUCUUUGUCUCUUCUGGGUCGGGUCUGUUGAUGGAGUCGGGUUUCACUCAGGUGGACAAGCUCUAGAUCUUAGUAACUUACCUGUAGCGAUUGGUAUAUUUGGGUUUGGGUUCAGUGGACACGCGGUUUUCCCAAACAUUUACUCUUCUAUGAAAGAUCCAUCCAAGUUUCCUUUGGUGCUCAUCAUUAGUUUCGGUUUCUGCGUAGUCUUCUACAUAGCUGUGGCAGUUUGCGGCUACAGCAUGUUUGGUGAGGCGAUUCAGUCGCAGUUUACGCUAAGCAUGCCGCAACAAUUCACGUCAUCUAAAAUCGCAGUUUGGACCGCGGUCAUUACACCGAUGACUAAAUACGCCUUAACUCUCACACCGAUCGUACUAAGCUUAGAAGAACUAAUGCCUUCUUCAGAAAAGAUGAGAUCCAAUGGAGUAUCAAUGUUUCUUAGAACGAUCUUAGUUCUCUCUACUUUGGUUGUCGCACUUGCAUUCCCAUUCUUCGCGAUCAUGGGAGCUUUGAUGGGAUCUUUCCUCUCAAUGCUUCUUGCUUUUAUACUUCCAUGUCUUUGUUAUCUCAGUAUCUUGAGGGGUAGAUUGAGCAAGAUACAAAUGGGAGUAUGCGUUUUGAUCAUCAUCGCUGGCAUUGUAAGUGGUUGCUGCGGGACUUACUCUGCGAUUGGAAAGUUAGUAGGAGAAAGGAGUUGAACGUGUACACUGGUGACCAAUGCAACAGUUGUGGAAUACAGUAAAAGCUGUAAAGAACGAUUUGUAUUAUUAUUUUUAGAAAAAAUGAUUUUCAUUAUUAGAGUAAUACAGUUACAACUGUGAAACUUUGAAAGACUAAUUCCAAUAUCAUAACAAGGAUUUUUGAUUUAACUAGUAGAGAGAGUCAUUCUUGAUCAUAAUUUUCAGUAUGCGCAUUUGACAUUGUAUUUAGUUAAACUUUUAAGAAGAAAAGUUAAGACUUAGUUAUGAAAUGAAUUUUUUGUAAAGAUCAUACCAUAAAGUUUGUCAUCAAAAUCGAUAUUGGACGUUUUGUAGCCAAAUGAAAUGUUUAAAGAUGUUAUAAUUGGCUUCAAAGAAGUAACAUAAUUAUUUUAAAAUGUAGGAUGGAUCGAAAACUUUGUCAAUCGUAAUUUUCAAAAUUUAUGUGGUCAAUUUCAUAUCUGAAACAUAAAGUCCCCAUAAGCUUUAAUUUGCCUUAAUAGCUAGCUGUUAAGGGAUGUUAUUAGUUGGACCUUUGAGUUCAAAAAAAUUAAAUAAGAGGGUGGAAACGAGAUAAAACAAGAAUUAAAGGAGUCGUUUAUAAUUAAUUAGGUGAGGGAGCUUCGAGUUUAAAGACAUUUCGAGAUUCGUCGACAAACUUCAAACGCACUCCAACAACAAACAAAAACAAUCAACGAACAAAAAAACAAAUCAGAACCCAAUCGCCGGAGACGCCGUCGUUUCGACGCCGGUGCUCCGUCUUAACCUUUUUUUUCACCGGAGAUAAAUUUUU